AGUUCAUGUGGUUUUGUCAACGCAAUGACAGAUUGAGAGUUGUAUUCAGAGAUAUUUGUGCAUUUUGAUAUAGUAUUUAUGUCAUGUUGCGUUUGGUGGCUCUUGCUAUUUGUGCAGCUAAAUAAAUUAUUUAGUUUUCGAUUUUAUAGUCAAUAUUAAUCAUGUGGGCAGCAACAACAUCACGGUUUGUCCUUCAAAACUGCUGGAAUUUUACAAAUCUGAGAUCCUCCUUGAGUCGAGUACAGAAUCUGUCCCGAACAGCAUGCAAGAAUACAGUAAUUGUUGAACGCUGCUGGAAAGUUCCUCUGUCAAAGGAAGGGAAGCCACCCAGGCUGCAUCCCCGCCGUCACAAGGUCUACCGACUGGUUGAGGACAAAAAAAACAGUCCACAGGACAAAAUGGAGCUCAUUCUCACUCAGACAGUGCCCAAGCUCGGUGGACGAGGCGACACGGUUUUUGUGAAAAAGGCAGUGGGACGCAACAAACUGCUGCCCGAAGGCCUGGCUGUCUACCCCUCACAAGACAAUAAAGACAUGUUUGCAGAGGAAUUAAAGAAACUACAUGAGGGAGAUCCAGAGGACCGAAUCCAGACACGGACAGGACAGCAAACUGUUGAAUUCCUGAAGAACACCGAGCUCAAAGUUCCUUUUCACACUUCGAUUCAAUAUUCGCUCACCAAAGAGAUUGUUUGCAGACAGUUUCUUCGAAAGCGCGGUGUGGUUGUGCCUCCACAUGCUUUGACUCUUCCUGAGGAGCCGAUCACAGGGCCUGGAGAGCACUGGUGUGAGGUCACAGUGAAUGGUUUGGACCGAGUCCGGGUGCCCAUGUCUGUGGUGCCGUUUGUGGAGCCCAGGCAACUGCUGCUGAUGAAGCAACAGCAAAGUUUAAAAGAGUCCGAUUCAGAAUAACAUCGUCUUUACUUAAAAUAUGUCCAGAUACAAUUUGAAGAUUAUACAUGAGGUGUUUGUACAAAUAAAAUGAUUUUUUUUGU